CGCAGAAGCUCACCGGCGCAAUAAUGUGCAACUUGCCCAUAGCGGCGCUGACGUCAACUUGACGUAUCGUAGCAACAGCAGCAGAUAAACGAGGGCAAUGCGCGGUGAGCGCUGAAGCGAUUAUACACAAUCGCGUUGUUUUACACAAGACACGAAUCCGCAAGAAGUUCCUACUUCAACAGAAGAACAAACCAAAAUGAAGAAGAAAUGCAUUUCUUCUUUCUUCAGGAGAAAAUGGUGGCCUGUAAAUCGUGACAACAUCACUGAAAAUCAAGAAAACAAAGUGAACUUUUGUUCACCACAGCCCAGCCCAGAUCCAACAGUUUUAACACCUGUUCCGGAUCCAGCUGGUCUUGACACAAAACCUUCCAAAGACGAGCUGUCAGACGUAUCAGCUCUGUCUCAUGUGGAGCUGUCUGGGAGUGAUGUUUUUUAUUCAGCCCAUGAAUAUUUAACACCUCCAUCCCCUUCUUCAGAACAACAAACAAAAAAGAGGAAGAGCAAGAAGAAACUCAUUGCUCCUUUCUAUGGUUACCAAGACAACUCCGUAGACUCUCCUUCACCACAGCCUGACACGGUUCAAGUUGAACCCCAGCCAGGUCCGUCCAACAUUAAGUCAAAAGUGUUAACACCUGGUCCUGACUCAAGACCACCUAAAGACAAGCUGUCAGACAUAUCAGCUCACUUAAGCUCAAGUAAUUCUGGGAGCACUGUUUUCUAUUCAGCCCGGGAAUAUUUAACACCUCCAUCCUGUUCCACUGAACAACAAACACAAAACAAGAAGAAGACACGCAUUGCUGCUUUCUUCAAGAGAACAUGGCCCGACCCGGUUCUUGAUCUAUCCAGCUCUGAGUCAACAAAUUUAACACCGGUCCUCAGGACAUCUGGAUUUGAUUCAAAUGCGUGUGACGUGCUGUUAGCGGUCUCAACUUCAUGUUAUCUGGAGCACACAACGCCUAACAUGUUUUGUGACACGACUUCUUUGGGUUACAUCCUUGAAGAUUUAAUGGAUCCAUUUAGUUUUUUAAGUCGAUUUGAAUGCCGUUAUGUAGUGGGACAGAUGCUGGGCGCGGGAAGCUUUGGCACUGUAUUUCAAGGGAAGCGCAAAUCUGAUGGCAAUAAGGUUGCCAUCAAAUUUAUACCUAAAAGAGUCAGGGAUAGAUACUUCUUAAUUCCCGGAUACUCCAAGCCUCUGUUCGCAGAAGUAGCCCUAAAUCUAUUAAUGCAAAAGCCUCCUGUUAGUCGCCACGUCGUACAGAUGCUGGAGUGGUUUGAAGAGGACGACAGACACGUGAUCAUCAUGGAAUAUAAAGAAAAGUGCAGGGACUUAAUGAGCUACCUUUUGAGAUACCCCCAUCGCCUGAAAGAAAACGUGGCACGUGAUUUGAUGUACCAAGCAGUCCUAGCGACAAAACACUGUGCUGACCAUGGUGUCGUCCACCGAGAUAUUAAAUUAAAUAACAUCCUCAUCAAUAGAAAUACGCACAAGCUCAAAUUAAUAGACUUUGGCUGUGGCGAUCUUCUUCAUGAACGUGGCUACCUCAGCUGGAAUUAUAGAGGAGGAAUACGACCACCAGAAAUCUACACACACUUCAAGUAUGAUGCGGUCCCAGCCACGGUCUGGUCUCUGGGUGUUCUGCUCUUUCGUAUGGUCAACGGAAUACAUCCGUUUCAUCCAGCGAAGAUUAUAAACGACAAUCUGCCUUUCAGAAAGAGAUUAUCCACAGAAUGCCGUGAUGUUAUCAUACAGUGCCUGAAACAAAAUCCAGCCGACAGACCGAGUUUAGAUCAGCUCUUACAGCACCCCUGGUUUAGUAAGGUCAGCGGUGCAUACAGGUUAGUGUAAUGUCUCUCCAUAUAGGAGUCGCAGACCAGACGAGAAGUGCAGUGCAGAGGUCAUGUCAAGGACAACGCGCCGGUAUCACACUCUGGAUGCAAUGUAUCCUAAAUAAAAGUCCUCUCCUGAUACAAAAUGAGCCUUGAUCUAGAUUCAAACUUUAGACCAAUCAUACAAAUGGCAUUAGGCAGUCCACAUUAACAAAAUACUGCAUAGUUUAGUCUUUACUAAACUGUAGUAAACCGUUAUAUGUAACAGUCCGCUUAUUUCAGCAGAUCUCAAUUCUUGUACGAUAGGACCCAAAAUCUUUAAAUGU